UUAAUGAACACAUCUAAUUUCUGCUGUCAAGUGUCAAAUAACAUCUGCUGUCAAAUAAAAUCAAACAAAUCCUAGUGCUGAACAAGUUAACAAUUUUUGCUCUUGCUUUUUUCUAAUUUUUGGGCGGUAAAAUUCUAUUUUGUGAUUUAUUUCGAAAAAAAAUAGUACAAAUAAAAAAUGUCUGGCUUUAAUUUAACCGGUGCAGCAGCACCAGGCACUGCCUUCAGCUUUGGAACACCAGCGACUCAACAAAACGCUGCUGCAGCCCCGGCAAACCAAACUCCUGCUUUCGGUGCAAUUAGUUUAGGACAAAGUGCUCCAGCGACUGGCGGAUUUAGUUUCGGUGCCCCGGCUGCUGUAUCAUCUGCUCCAGCACCAGGUUCAACAUCUUUCUCCUUCGGUGCAACUGCUCCAUCUACAGGAUUAGCAGCUACUGCUCCUGCAGCAACAAGUUUCGGCUUUGGUGCCGCUCCAGCUACUCAACCGGCAGCCGCUCCGACAUUUAGUUUUGGUAAUCCAACCACAAACGCACCAACCGGAGUUGGCCUUGCACAACCACAAGCAACAAAUACAAGUGCCACUCCCGCCUUGGGUACAUCAUUUUCUUUUGCUGCCAAACCAGCAGCAACUUCGGCAAGUCUUAAUUUCGGUACAACUACAACUGCAGCCACUCCUUUUACCGGAUUCAACACCACCGGAAAAGGAUUAGGUACCGGCAAUACUGGCGCUUUUGGCACAAAGCCCACUUUCAACAAUCUAAACACUUCUCUUCCAGCCACAUCAACAGCAACUCCAGCUGCAGCUCCAUUCGUCGGUCUCGGUGGUUUGGAUGUUGCUUCUUCUCAACCAAAGUCAGGUGAGUCGAAGCAAGACAAUGUCAAAGUUAAGGAAACUUUAGUUCCCGAAGAAAUUGCCAAAACCGUCGAAGUACUCAAAGCCCACAUAAAAAAUCAGAAAAGUCUAAGUUCCGAUAUAGGACGGGCAUCGACUAGCAAACUAUCAAACGUUUCCAGUGAGAUUCAGUCGUUUCAAUGGUCUUUGCAAGAGAUUGCCAACACAGUUGAGACGAAUUACAGCCAAAUCAAACUGCUGCGCAAGGAGACCUCCCGAGUGAUGCAAACCGCUGAAAUGGCCCAACGUACUCAAGACACUCCAGCUGGUCUGCAAUUCGAGAACUCUGCACCGUUUCAGCUUUUCCAAAAUCUAGUUCAAAAAUACGAAACUGACUUGAUUAACUUCCGCAACCAAAUUGCUCUUACUGAAAAGCACAUGCGGUCGUUAACCACACCGCAAGCUGUUACCCCGGACGACCUCAAACGUGGAUUUAAGCAAAUUAAUGAAAGCUUUGUUUCUUUAGCUGGACGUCUCAACGAACUCCAUCAGAAAGUCGAAGUUCACAAGGAGCAAUUUCUGAAUUUAAGAAAAUACCGUCUGCGAGACUCGUCAAAUGUCUUUUCGAAGCUUGACAGCGUCGAAGCCGAUAUGAAUACAUCGAAAAUAACAUCUGGACCGACUCCGUUCUCGAAUAUGGGUGGCAUUAGUGCCUUGGGCAAGACCAUGUCCAGUAUGGGAGCAUCAACAACUGGACAAACUGGAAAAACCUAAUAAAAAAAAAAACAGAACCCUUUUUUUUUGUUGUAAAUUUAUUUCGAAAUAAAAUAAAAAAUUCAUCUUGUUUUUCAGUAA